AAGGUGUUUGAUGAAAUGUGUGAACCGAAUGUGGUUUCGUGGACGUCGGUUAUUUCUGGGUAUAACGACAUGGGUCAACCUCAAACUGCUCUUUCUAUGUUUCAGGAGAUGCAUGAAGAUAGAUCUGUGCCUCCCAAUGAGUACACGUUUGCUAGUGUCUUUAAAGCCUGUUCUGCUUUGGCUGAAUCAAGAAUCGGGAAAAACAUACAUGCCCGUCUUGAGAUAUCCGGGCUCAGAAGGAAUAUUGUGGUGAGUUCCUCUCUUGUUGACAUGUAUGGGAAAUGCAAUGAUGUGGAAAUGGCUAGACAGGUUUUCGACUCGAUGAUUGAUUAUGGCAGAAAUGUUGUUUCUUGGACCUCGAUGAUCACUGCUUAUGCGCAGAACGCUCGUGGCCAUGAAGCUAUUGAGUUGUUUAGAUCAUUCAAUGCUGCUCCGACAUCGGAUAGGCCGAAUCAGUUUAUGCUGGCUAGUGUAAUUAGCGCUUGCUCUAGUUUAGGUAGGCUACAAUGGGGGAAAGUUGCUCACGGGUUAGUUACUCGAGGUGGUUAUGAAUCGAACACUGUGGUUGCUACCUCGCUUCUAGAUAUGUACGCGAAAUGCGGGUCUCUAAGCUGUGCGGAAAAAAUCUUCUUGAAAAUUCGUUGUCGUUCUGUUAUAUCGUACACAUCUAUGAUCAUGGCAAGGGCAAAGCAUGGACUUGGAGAAGCAGCGCUUCAACUAUUCUAUGAAAUGGUUGCAGGGAGAAUAAAGCCUAACUAUGUAACGUUACUUGGCGUGUUACACGCUUGUAGCCAUUCGGGUCUGGUUAACGAAGGCCUAGAAUUCUUGAAUACAAUGGCUGGGAAGUAUGGUGUGAUUCCUGACUCGAGGCAUUAUACAUGUGUUGUUGAUAUGCUUGGAAGAUUUGGUCGUGUUGAUGAAGCUUAUGAUUUGGCAAAAACAAUAGAAGUUGGAGCAGACCAAGGCGCACUCUUGUGGGGAGCUCUUCUUUCAGCUGGUAGGUUACAUGGAAGAGUUGAGAUUGUUAGUGAAGCGAGCAAGCGAUUAAUACAAUCGAAUCAGCAAGUAACAGGUGCGUACAUCGCAUUAUCCAAUGCUUAUGCUGUGGCUGGAGGAUGGGAAGAUUCAGAAUCUCUUCGAUUAGAGAUGAAACGUAGUGGAAAUGUGAAAGAACGAGCUUGUAGCUGGAUUGAGAAUAAGGAUUCAGUUUAUGUUUUUCAUGCCGGGGAUUUGUCAUGUGAUGAGAGCGGUGAGAUUAAGAGGUUCCUGAAAGAUCUGGAGAAGAGAAUGAAAGAAAGAGGACACAGAGGAAGUAGUAGUAUGAUCACCACUUCAUCGGUUUUCGUAGAUGUUGAUGAGGAAGCUAAAGAGGAAAUGGUGAGUUUGCAUUGUGAGAGAUUGGCUUUAGCAUAUGGAUUGCUUCAUCUGCCUGCGGGAUCAACAAUUAGGAUUAUGAACAAUUUGAGGAUGUGUAGAGAUUGUCAUGAGGCUUUCAAGCUGAUCAGUGAGAUAGUCGAGAGAGAAAUUGUUGUUAGGGAUGUGAAUAGGUUUCAUUGUUUUAAGAAUGGAUCUUGCACUUGUCGUGAUUUUUGGUGAAUUUGUUUAACUAAUUUAGAUUGGUUUUUUUUGUUCCCACAUAUUCAGAAUCAUUCAUAGUACAAAGAUUUGAUGUAGAAGCGGUUCAAAGGAGAUCAAUUAAAUUAGCUUAAAUAUAUAAAGGAAAAUGAAACAUAAUACGAUUA